UGUUCGGCCGUGAAACGUUGUACAUCGACGAGUUCGAUGCACUGUGUAAAAAUAAAAUAAUAUUUUAAUUGUGUACUACCUACGCAAAUCCGGCAAAUAUGAGUGUGAAAAAAGUUACCCGGCGUUUAAGUUUGGACGAGUGCACGCGCGAGUAUUUAGAAAUGGGAAUGGACUUGACGAACAAACAAAAAAGAUAUUCGAGCGUUCACGAAAAAUUCUUUAACCGGAUCCGGGAACGGCCGAUAUCUUUCGAAUUGUCAUCGAGUAUGGAUUUAGUGGACGAAACGGAUGAACCUACCAUUACGUCGGCAUCUCAGGAUGUCGCUAAAAGUUCCAAUCAGUUGAGCGUCAACAACUACAUGGAAAUGGUAAAAAUGUACCUGUUGGACUUGGCGAAAGGGUACACCAACGGUUUUCGAUUGCUUCACGACAUCGAGUCCGGUGUAGCGAAUCUGGAAAUGUUGUACAAAUGCCCGCAACAAUUGAAAAACUUAAUACUCCUGUGGGCGUGUUUCGUCAACAAGUGCGAUGUCGUGGAAUUCAUGUUGCUUAAAGCCGGUACGGACAUAAAUUACAAACUACCGUGCCGAGGCUACGGUGCCAUACACAUAAGCUCUUUGAACGGUUGUGUUAAUUGUUUGAAGUUGUUGUUGGCACACGGAUGCGAUCCGAAUUGUCGGAUCGAAGAGACGACGGCGUUACACUUUGCCACUUUCACAGAUUCCGUAGACGCCGUCCGUACACUUAUCGAACACGGUUGCAAGCUCGAAUCUACUGUGAUACACAGUGCCGUCAAGUCCAGAGCUUUGGGGUGCGUUAAACUCCUGUUAUUCGAGUACAACAUGGACGUGAACGUGCUGGACUCGAUGGGUUGUGCUCCUAUACACAUUUGCGCCGACCAAGGUUUCUCGGACUGCUUACAGGUGUUAUUGAAAUCGGACAAAACUGUAAUCGACUUGAAAGAUUAUCACGAAUACACGGCAUUGCAUUUGGCGUGCGAGUCCGCGCACGUUGAGUGCGUAAAACUGCUGGUCGAAUACAAGGCCAACGUACACGCGAAAAACAUGAAAUCACAAAUGCCCGUACACAUGGCCGCCAAAUCUCAAAGCGUGGACUGCAUCGAUAUGCUGAUAAAAGCGGGAGCUGACGUGAACGCCAGAGACAUUGACGACCGUACGCCACUGCAUUCGGCCAUUUCCGUCAAGACCCUAAACAUUUGUCAGGCCGUCGACACGUUACUCGGUUACCACGCAAAGGUCAACGUACAAGACCAUUAUGGGUUCACGCCCCUACACAUAGCGGCUCUCAACGAGGCGCCCGAAUGCGUGGAGUCGUUGUUGGCCAAAGGCGGCAACGUGGGCAUUCAAACUUACGGUGGUAUAUCGGCACUGAACAUGAUCGUGAGAAAGGUGCCGGCUUGUGUACCGGCAGUCGCUAAACAGUUAGACAGUGCUGUCACGUCGAACUGGGCGGAUGGGUUUAAACGAGGCCCAGAGAUACAACUUCGGUUUAAAUAUUUAUUCAAUUCCAAUACGUUUGGCGAAAUCGAUUUACUUAAAUGUUUCCAAGAAGAAUGCCAAUACGAAUUACUGGAACAUCCGCUGUGCCAGGCUUUUUUAUUUUUGAAAUGGAGAAAAGUACGAAAAUAUUAUUUGAUGAGACUGUUGAUUUUGGCGUUUUUUAUUCUUAUUUACUCGGUUUAUGUUAUAACCGUAUUGAGUCACAAUUGUUACAACGCGGUUCAUGUUUUCAACAGCAGUAAUUCAACGUGUCUGCAGCACAACUCCACCUUAGGCCAUUACUUGAUGGAAAACGAUGAAGUAAUGGACGUAAGUAUUUGCCUAUUAUAUUUUAUCAGCGUUAUAGAAGGUUUCUUGAAAAUAUCCGAAAUGGCCGUAUACAUGUAUGUCCAACAUUAUUUUUUCAGUCUGAGUAACUUUUGUGAAUGGAUAUUUUUAAUAAGUGUCCCAUGUAUAUCGUUUCAUAUUCAAGGGCAAACCUACAGCUGGCAAAAUCACAUCGGUGCACUGUGCGUACUUUGUGCUUGGACGAAUUUCAUGGUUAAAAUGGGCCAAUUGCCUUGGUUCGACACUUAUGUCGCUAUGUACAUUAAAGUUCAAAGGGAAUUUGCCAAACUUUUAAUGGCGUAUAUAUGCCUGCUGAUAGGUUUCUCUGUUAGCCUUUGCGUCAUGUUUCCUUCUUCUCAGUGGUUCAGUAAUCCCAUCACAGGUUUUGUUAAAGUUCUCGUGAUGAUGGCGGGAGAAUUGGAUAUUUCAAUGUUAGAAGAACACGUUCCAAAUGAGUCACUGGCUGUAUUUAAAUUCAGCGCUUAUAUCAUUUACGUAGCUCUUUUGAUAUUUGUAUCGAUCAUACUGAUGAACCUUCUUGUCGGAAUAGCUGUACACGAUAUACAAGGGUUAGCAAAAACUGCCGGUUUGUCUAAAGUCAGAUGCCAGAUCGAACUUAUAUACUAUAUAGAACUAUUCAUGUUGAGAAGUUUUUGGCCGAAAAACAUCAAAAGUAGGGCUUUAGUUUAUCCUUCUAGAAAUCGCGCUCUUAUGACCGUUAAACCGUUGAAUCAAAAACAAACAUUGCCCAGAGAUAUUAUAGAAGCUAUACGGAACGUUAUUAAACGGAAAAAACUCGAUUGUUGUGAUGGCAAUGAUAUCCUUAAAAUUCAGGAAAUUUUAAAAGAAGUAAAAGACUUAAGAACGGUUGUAGAAGAAAAUCAAAAAGUCAUUAAACAUUUGUUAAUGAAUGCCAAUAAAAUGUGAUAAUAAUAAUAAGUUAGUGUAGGUAUUAUACACUAAAUACUUAUUCUUACUGACAUUACAUGUAGACAACUGAUGAGUUUAGGUAGGUCCUUAUAUUUGAACUUAAAUAAUUUCCUACUGCGGUUUCGGAAUUUUGUUAUGUACAUAGUGAAAAAAUGUUUAAUAAAAAAUAAAUAAAUAUUUUUAUUAACGUAAAAACCAUCCUUUUUUUACAAACUUUGAGGCACGUGAAGGGGUUGACUAAUUAUCAUACCUAAAAUGUAAGAAAAUUAUUUUUACAAUGUACUUAACAGAAUUCUGAGUCCGUGAAUUCAAAUAUUUGAUAUUUAUUUUCAACCUAUAAGUAAGGACCACCCUACUGAUGAUGUAUAGAAAGAGUUAAUAUUAAUUUAAUCAAUACUUAAUAGACAUAAAUCUACAAACGUUUUAUGACUGUUUUAGAUUUAUUCUGAAUCUACUUAAGUUUUUUUUGAUUAUACAACAUACCCACGUAUAAUUUUAUAUGUAUUAAAAUAUUAUCCCUAUAACCAUGUUUACUAUAAACUUGAUCCAAAAGACUUAUUUUUUAACUUUUAUGUGAUACGUUCAACACAUGCGUUUAACAUGUCCAAUGAACAUAAUAUUAUACUAAUGUACAUUGUUGUUUAUUAUGAGUGUUCAUAUUGUAUUCAUGAUAUACCUAGGAGCAUAUUUUUAAGAACUUUGUUAAAUAUAUUUUAUUCUUCAUUAUAAUAAUUAAGAAAGGUACCUAUUUUUAUUAUAAAUGUUUAAUUUCAUUGUGUGAAAUAUAAACGUACCUAAGUACUUAUUUGUUUUUAUGCACACCUAGGUAUUUGAU